UUAAUUUUCUAUGAUGACGCUUUAUUUAAAAACGUGAUUUUUAAAAUGAUCGCUGAAGACCUCUUGUUUCUCUGAAAAAUAAAUAAAUUUAAAAAUGGUUGCCAAUGUGGCUAGAAGUGUUGUUCGUGUUGGAAGAAGUAUAUUGCCUCAUGCUGAACCGAAAUUAAUUCCAGAACAUGGCGUGUUAAUUAAAGAUCCUGCAAUUGAAAGAUGGAAUUAUGUGAGAGAAAAUACAACACCAUUCUUUAAAUGGACUGGUAAAACAGUUUCCAUGGCAUUGUUCUGGUGUAUUGGAAUUCCUGGAGCAUGUUUAUAUGUUUUUAAAAGAGACCUUGAGCUUGAAAGCGAAAGAGCAGGUAAACCAAUGCCGAAAAUAUUUCCUUUUACUCUUGAUGCAGAUGACCGAAAGACUGAUCCUCUUCCACCACGUAAACCGGGUGUAAAUAUUACUUAUAAACUUAUGUAAACUUUUGUUUCAGAAUAAUAUUAUAUAUUA